AUGAAGUUCGACGUCAACGUCUUGCGAUACCUCGAGAAGGACACCUGGCGCGUCCUCGUCGCGACGGAGAUGGGGAUGAAGAACCACGAGAUCGUUCCGGUGCAGCUCAUCAACGCCAUCGCGGGGUUGAAGCGAGGAGGCGGGUACAAACACAUCAAGGAGCUGCUCAAGCACAAGCUGGUGCAUCAUGAGAAUCGCGACUACGAUGGGUAUCGGUUAACGCCGCUGGGAUACGAUUUUUUAGCGCUCAAGGCGUUCGUGAACAGAGGAACGAUCAGUGGGGUGGGGCGAAAGAUUGGGGUCGGGAAAGAGUCGGAUGUGUACGAGGUCGUCGACGAAGACGGACGCACGAUGGCACUCAAGUUGCAUCGAUUGGGACGCACCUCGUUUAGAGACGUAAAGAGCAAGAGAGAUUACCUGGGGAGGCGGACGUCGUACAACUGGUUAUAUCUCUCUAGGCUCGCGGCGUUGAAGGAACAUCAGUUUAUGGUGGCGCUGUGGGAGUACGGAUUUCCUGUGCCCGAGCCUAUCGAUUGCAACAGACACGCCGUGCUCAUGUCUGUCGUUCGCGGCGCGCCUCUGAGACAGGUGCGCAACCCGGAGCAGCCAGGGGAGAUCUAUCGCGAGUGCAUGGUGAAUAUUGCUAAGCUUGCGCAGCACGGUUUGGUGCACUGCGAUUACAACGAGUUCAACUUGAUGCUCAACGAUAAGAAGAAGCUGGUCAUCAUCGAUUUCCCUCAGAUGGUGUCAACGAGUCAUCACAACGCUGAAGAUUUAUUCAUCAGAGACGUGGAGUGCUUACACCGCUUUUUUGUGCGUCACUGGGAUUAUCGUGCGGAGGACGAUCCGCUCGGCGAGCCCGAUCCCGAUUUCAAGACUCUCGUCUCUGAGGCGAGCGGGCUUCAGCAAAUUGACGUGCAGCUGCGUGCCAGCGGCUUCACGAGAACACAGAUGAAAGAACUGGACGACUAUAACGAACAAGCGCUCGGAGAUGGUCGAUCUGAGAGUUCCGAUCGAGAUAUUGAGCUAUUGAGCGAGGAUGAAAGCGAAUCAGACGAUGAAGCGGACGAACGGGAGGAAGUGGAGGAAGAGGUAGCAGAUGAACCCGAGUACGAGAUGAAUCUGAAUGAAGAAGAAAUCGCCGCGCUCGCGGCGCAAGUGCAAGCAGCGAUGGAUGGUGACGAUGAUAUGACCAAACGUGGCACGUAUGACCAGGAGGUUGUGCCCAUGCAGCAAUUCAAUCAUCGAAAGUUUGAGGAGCCCUCCGUGACAGACUCGGAUGGGAGCGGCGAGCGACCUCGCGUCCCAAAACACUCCAACGCGCCGAAGACGACGAAGGAACUGAGGAAGGAAAGAAAGGCGGCUGAAAAGAGGCUUAAAGAAGAAACAGCCUCCAUGCUGUCUGUGGAUCCUGUCGCCGCGGCCCAAGCUAUUCGCGAGCGAUUGAAGUUGGAGAAGAAUCGCAAAGCCACGAGACAGAACAACAAAGUUGGUGCACCCAAGGUGAAUCAUUCCAAGGAGAAGCACGGUCGCGGUCACAAGGAAAAACUUUCGAAGACUGUAGAUUCGUUCUGGGGUUAA